AUGAUGUUGUUUCCAUUGUUGACUUUUGACUCCGUCACCACAUACUCCAACUUCAAGAGCAACUUUGUGAAGAGGCUCGAGACUCCUGUGGCCAGCAGCCCCAUCACCACCAGAUGGCAGCCAAGCCCAGCCAGGGACCAGGAAGCCUGUUCCUCUGCUAAAUGGCUAAACCAGCUGUUUUCAACCCAGAAGGGAGUUCAGCAAACUGAUGGGAAAAUGCAUCCCUGUGAGAAAUCCUGAUGUGUCUGGGCAGGCUGUAGAGAUGGAGUUGGAGAUGAAUUCUUCUAUCUUAAGAGGUUCAGUGGUGUCCACCAUUCCACAUGCCAACCAGAGGUGAAGCUUCAUCUCACGGGUUUUUUAAAUGACCACUACCUUGCUAUCCUGGACUGGAAUUCUCAAAAUCUUGUUGCUGUAGCCCUUGGAUCCUCUGUAUACAUCUGGAACACACAAAACCACAGUGGGAUUAAAAGAUAAUAGACUUGCCGGGCGAUAAUAGACUUAAGCCUCUUCUGUAAUUAUGCAUCGUCUGUGUCCUGGAUCAGAGAGGGAUCGUUGGCUAUUGGCACCAGCGAGGGAGAAGUGCAGUCAUGGGAUAUAAUCACUAGAAAGCGGCAGAGAAACAUGCUUGGCCACUUGUCAGUGGUCGGAGCCUUGAGCUGGAACCACUGCACCCACAGCAGGGGGUCCAGACUGGGUCGUGCCCACCACAAUGAUGUUUGGGUGGCUCAGCAUUAUGUCAGAACACUUCACCUUAAGGAGGCUGUGUGUGCUCUGAAAUGGUCACCUGAUGUCAGGCUGCUUUCCACUGGGUGUAAUGAUGGACUACUGAGAAUAUGGCCCCAUGAUCCAGGUGCCAGUGUUCAAGGCCCACCACUGAAAGUCAUACCUCAGUCCACAGCAGCUAAGGCCACGGAGUGGUGUCCCUGGCGGUCUGAAGUCCUUGCCGUUGGCGGAGGAAUGAAGGAUGGACGCCUACAUGUUUUGGAUGUAAAUACUGGGAAGAGCAUUCAGACUCCAAGCACACACUCACAGAUUUGCUCCCUCUUCUCGCUACCUAAGAUAAAGGAGACUGCAACAAGCCAAGGUGCUCCCGAGAGUGCUGUGGCUCUGUGGGCCUGCCCCAUGCUGUCAGUUUCUGGUCACAGAGGCAGGGUGCUGCACCUGGCCACGAGUCCAGACGAGACCCUGGCGCAUGGGACAGCUUGUGUGUGGAAGAGCCACCGGUCACCCAGCCAGUCUUAG